UCUAGACGAGCUUCGAUGCCGGCGUCGCCUCAAACGCCGGUAUCGAAGUUCAUGUAUUCGUUACAUGAACUUGAGUCAGUUUGACUUGUAAUGCAUGUGUUUGAGGACAAGAUUGAAUAAGGAGAGGGGUUUCAGUGAGUUACUGAAUGCUGUCUGGACUGGACAGUAACAGGGACUCAACACGGAAGUCUAACCAACGCAGCUGACCGCCCUCAAGAAGCUAAUUCACAAAGCUAGCCAACAAUGUAGCAGGAUGAGUUGUAAUAAAAACUCAUGUAUAUUUUCUGUACAGCUGCAGAAAACCGAAGAAAGAAAGAAUAUCUAAACUCGUUUUCCUGGGUGUGUGUGUUCUUGUCUGGUGUAUGUUUUGAGAAACUUUUCUCACAUUUUAUUCAAACCGCUGCUGCACUGUAACCGAUCAUUUCUCAAGCCGCUGUUUGCUGCUUUGUGCCGCUGCUGCUCUCUGUUCUGGUAAUCAGCAUGGGAAUCAACGUGGCUGUGGGCUGCAUCGUGUCAUUCGUCCUCCUGGAUGUUGUCACAACCACUGUCCUGUACGCACAUGGAUCACAGCUGAGCACCUUCGCAGAGGAUGCCCUCAACUUUAACAUCCUUCAGUCUGCACUGGACAUCUGGGGGACAGUGCUGCUCCGAGCCUCCCUCCUGCUGGGAGCCUCUUUAGGGGUGACAUGGAACAAGGUGGACGGCCCGCAGAGGGUUGCUAAAUCCACCAGCCUUAUUCUCCUCAUCUGUCUGAUCGUCAUCACCUAUACACUGGCCAAGCUGCUGAUGCUGACUGAGGUGAGGACUUUGAGCAUCAGUCACCAGCCCUGGCUCUUGAGCCUGAUAUGUUGGACUUGUGCCUCUUCUCUGGGAGUAAUGCUGCUCUGGAGGUGGCUGGGGAAGGAGCCCGACUCUGACAGCAGUCAUAGUGGUGACAGCAGCACCAGUAGUGGUAGAGGAGCAAGGGGCCAUGAGGACACUGAAAAGCUGGUGGAGACAGUUGGUGAGGAGGAGCAGGAGUUGGGCUCUGAGAGAAAGAAGAAGGAGAAGGCCAGCAGCUCAGGGGCCACACUGGGACGCCUGCUGAGCUACUGCAAAAAGGAUGCUGAGCUGCUCUCUGUUGCUGUCCUCUUCCUCAUCAUCGCUGCUGUGUGUGAGACCUUCAUUCCGUACUACUAUGGGAAAGUCAUAGACAGCAUGGUGGUUCACCAAAGCAUGGAGUACUUUGCCAAACCUGUGAUCAUACUUGCAGUACUCGCCUUAGCUAGUUCACUUGCAAUUGGAGUACGAGAAGGUGUCUUCACCCUGAUGUUUGCGAGAUUAAACAUUCGUCUCAGGAACCAUCUUUUCCGAACCUUGAUGAGGCAAGAAAUUGCCUUUUUUGAUGACAAUCACACAGGUGACAUCCUUUCACGUUUGUCUGCUGACACCACCCAGGUGAGCGACCUCAUUUCCCAGAACGUCAAUGUCUUCCUGGAGAACGUUGUUAAGGGCGUUGGCUUCUUCAUCUUCAUGUGUGGCAUGUCCUGGAAGCUCACACUGGUGACCAUCAUGGCAUUCCCUUUCAUUGGUCUGAUCUCAAAACUUUAUGGUGAAUACUACAAGAAUCUGGCCAAAAAGGUGCAAACAACCCUCGCAGAGGCCAAUAAAGUUGCAGAAGAAACCAUCUCAGCCAUGAGGACGGUGCGGAGCUUUGCCAACGAGAAUGGAGAGGCCGACUCCUAUUACGCCAAACUCUUAGUCAUGUUGCAGUUCAACAAAAAGCAAGCCCUGGCCUACGCUUGCUACAUGUUUUCCAGUUGUGUCUCACAGCUUGCUCUCGAGCUGGCUAUCCUCUACUAUGGAGGCCACCUUGUGAUUACUAAUCAGAUGAGUAGCGGCGCCUUGGUAUCUUUUUUCCUAUACAUGCUCAAGGUCGGCGAAUGUCUUGAGAGCAUUGCAUCAGUGUACACGGGCCUCAUGCAAGGAGUUGGAGCUGCUGAGAAGGUUUUUGAGUAUCUGGAUAGGAAACCCGAGCACCCCUCUGAUGGCACAGAGGCUCCGGAGACAUGCGCCGGUCUGGUUGAAUUUAAAGACGUCACGUUUGCCUACCCGACACGCCCUGAAACUGAUAUUCUCAAGGGGGUGUCAUUCCUCCUGCGUCCCGGAGAAGUGACUGCCCUUGUGGGACCUUCAGGCAGUGGGAAGAGCUCCUGUGUGAGUCUUCUGGAAAAUUUCUACCUUCCUCAGCAAGGCCAGGUGCUGCUGGAUGGAAAGCCUGUUCAAAGCUUUCAGCAUGACUACCUCCACUCCAAGGUGGCUCUUGUAGGUCAAGAGCCUGUGCUGUUUGCCCGCACAGUUGAGGAGAACAUUACCUAUGGCCUGACUGAUGUCCCCAGGGAGGCAGUGCUGCAGGCUGCCACCAAGGCUAAUGCUCAUGAUUUUAUUACCACUCUUCCUAAAGGCUAUGAAACAAGUGUUGGCGAGAAGGGCACACAGUUGUCAGGGGGACAGAAACAAAGGGUUGCCAUUGCAAGAGCUCUCAUCCGCAACCCUCGUGUUCUUGUCCUGGAUGAGGCCACUAGCGCUCUGGAUGCAGAAAGUGAACACAUUGUUCAGCAGGCUCUGAACAAUAUCCUGCGGGACCACACCGUGUUGGUGAUCGCCCAUCGGCUCAGCACAGUGGAGAAGGCAGACAACAUUAUUGUAAUUGACAGGGGCCACGUGGCAGAACAGGGAUCUCACAGUGAGCUGAUGGCCAGCGGCGGACUCUACUCUAAGCUGGUUCAGAGGCAGGUCCUGGGCAUCGAGACCGGGUCGGAGGUCCUACACUCACCACAAAACGCCAGCUGGAAGUCAGGUGGAGGACAGCAGUGGAGAGGACGAAGCAGCAGCAGCAGCCUGAGCGAGUCUGAGUGUAGUGUGCGUUACUGAGAACGACCUGCAGUGUAGAUGUGGCACUGGACUGUAAUUAAGUUAAGUUCCCUUGUGCUAUUAGCUAUGAAGAGCUGUCCACUCA